AUGUUGAGCCGUAUUGCAAGGUGUUUACAGGUGAGACAGUUGAGUGGUAGACGUAACUGGUACUUGAGAAUGGAGAAGCAGAAAAGUGUAUCGAAUCCGCUGGUGUGGAUCGAUUGCGAGAUGACCGGACUGGAUCACCAGCGAGACAGGAUUAUUGAGAUCUGCUGUAUCAUCACUGAUGGGGAGCUAAAUGUUGUACAAGAUAAUUGUUAUGAGAGCGUGAUUCAUUGUGAUCGUAGUGUGCUGGAUGGUAUGAACGAGUGGUGCAUUGAGCAUCACGGUGCCAGUGGACUUACAAAGAAAGUACUUGAGAGCACCAAGACUAAAGAGCAAGUUGAGCAAGAGUUGCUGCAGUUUAUUAAGAGGUAUGUCCCAGACUCUCGUGUGGGGCUGCUUGCGGGCAAUUCGGUGCAUAUGGACCGGUUAUUCAUGUUGAAAGAUUUCCCGAGCAUUGUGGAUCACUUAUUCUAUCGGAUCGUAGACGUCAGUUCGAUCAUGGAAGUUUGUCGUCGACACAAUCCUUCACUUUCGAAGCUGGCACCAAGGAAGGAUAAGAACCAUACUGCCAAGAGCGAUAUUCUCGAAAGUAUCGAGCAGUUGCAAUGGUACCGCGAUCAUUAUUUUAAGAGUAAGCAGGAGACAGCGGAAUACGUGAAGUCAAAAGAGCAAGAAAAAGCCAACGAGCAGCAGCAGGAGCAGAGCAAUCAGGAGAAGGUUGGCGAACCAGCGGCAAAGAAAUCUCGCAAGGUCUAA